GUGAUCACUGUUGGCAAUAUCGCCAUGAUGUAACCCUUUUAUUAUGCUUGGUUUUGGGUUGAACAUCUUCAUGUUGGACUUAGUUGCUUUAACACUUGCUUUCUUUGUGACUUGUGAUUUUCUUAUGCGCCAAGUGUGAAAAUUAAACAAAUAUGCUUCUUCUAGCCUUGUCUUUAGCCAUAGACAGAAACAGCCAAGGUGGGAGUUGCAGCUUUCCUUUCUACUGACUUCACUACAAACUUGCCAACAAAGAUAGCUUUGAAAGAAAUGGUUGUUCGCUUGCCUUGCGUGUUUCUGCUCUUCUUCUUCUUCUCGCUGCAGCUCCCGAAAUCCCCCCUUCAAGCCGCCGGCACCAGCUUUGAAAAAUUGGUGAGAAAGCUUGGAAUUUCUCCUUCUUCUUGUCCAAGAACCUGAUUUGGAACCCAAAAAUCUCUUCCCCCUACAGGAGCUUUCGGAUCUGCCUUGCUCUGUUUCCUCACCGCCGAUUGCUCUUGCUUUGUGGGGGCGAAUUGCUUUGAAUUUUCGUUACCGUGAGCUUCCCCUGCACUUGCUGUCGGCCUCCUCCCCAAUCUGCACUCCGGUUUUGCUUGCUGGAUUUAUGGUAUGUGGCAGCUUCUCUAAGUCCUAAUUUACCCCUUUAAUUAUUGAAUUUUGUCCAUGGAUUGGCUGCCCCUGUGAUGUCCGAAAGUUUGCAGAAAUUGGGGAUGAAUUUUGAUAGCUUAAGCUAUGUUUUUAAGCUUGGUUUAAGUGUAAAUUAGCUUGAUUAGUUGCUGUGAUUUUUGGAGAAAAUCCUGUGAAAUUAGCUAGUGUUUUGGCCAAUUUGUGAAAAUUGGGGUUACUGUUCAUAGGUCCUGUUCACAUGUUACUGUUCACACCCCGAGGGCUUACAAUUAACGGGGAUUUAAAUGUUUAGUUUGUGAUCUAAGAACGAAUUUGGAGAUAUUUGAUCAUGUGGAGAUUGAUAGGAAUAGCAUCGGGAUUAAGAGUGAUCUUGAUGAUUUCAGUUUGAAUUUGUGAUAGUCCGGUAUUAAUUCUGAGGUAUUUUGAUUAGGUUCUUGAUCGUUCUGUCAGUUUAGUACGUGAAUUGAGUGCUCGGUUUUGCGGAGUGAGGUAAUGAAUCCGAGGGCGGGGAAACCACGGGAAGUGAUGAGUUAGAAGGCUAGCCAUUUUGUAAAGUGAAUAUAGAUUUGAGAUAUAGAUCAUGAUCUUGUAUUUGGAGAUUUUAUGAUAUCAGAGAGAAUUUUAUAAUUUGAUCUUCAGAUUUUGGUGGUAUCAGAGUGUGAUAUGAUAAGUUCCGAGCCUUGUGCACUUGUGGGACCCGUCUCACGAGUGUACGGCGUCUGUCACGCCUCAAAUUUGGGUUUUGGGGCGUGACAAUAAACAACUUUCAUUUUG